AUGAUGAUGAAGAAGGAAGAAGAUGAUUUUAUCGACUUGGUUUUCUCUUGGUCCAUACCUGAUUUAAUGAACCAACAUCUUUACAAGGACAAGGUAAAUCCGAUACCGGACACUUUCACCUCAGCACAACAUUACCUGAACUCGUUUAUCGACCCGCUUAUUGAGGAGACGCAUGCCGACCUUCAUUCGAGCCUGAUGAGUUUGCAUUCGGCGCCAUUGUGCGAAAUAUCAGACGUGAAAAAGGACAAAAAAUUCAAUCCUCCCAAGAACUUGGUCUACUCUAUUAAAACCUUGAAAAAAGCGGACCAAAAAGCGAGGACUACGUACGAGCCCGAGUGUGGGGAUUUGUUUGCUCUAACAGAGGUCAGACCAAAGUGUGUGGACGACUUGAACGGGCGUCAAAUGUCGUAUGUGAUUGCUUUAGUUGGAGGCGUAGAUGACGAAGCCUCGGUGAUCAGCAUACUGUCCUCCAAACCCAUUGUGUUCGAUAAGGCGGACGAGGAAAAGGGUGAGAAGGGGAGCCCACUCUUCGCCGUUUAUCUAGUAAAUUUGACGACAAACAGACGUAUAUGGAAAGCGCUUCAUCCGGACGAAGGAGCAAAUUUGAGGAUCAUUAAGUCCGUCCUCCAAGUUUAUCCAUCUACGAAAGAGAAAUGCCCCAUUUGCUCCUUCAAAAUACAAAUAAUGACGGCAAUAGCUGCUGCUGCUGACGUGCACGGUCUCAACGACUCCCAACGAGAAGCCGUCCUCGACAGCCUGGCGCUGGCACAAUGCAGCCACCGGAACACAGUGAAGCUGCUGUGGGGCCCACCAGGGACCGGGAAGACAAAAACGGUCGCCACCCUUGUAUCCGCCCUGCUCAAAACAAGACACAGGACAUUGGCCUGUGCGCCUACAAACGUGGCUAUUAUAGGAGUCGCAAAGAGGCUGAUGACCUGUCUUGUUGGGAGGAAUUCAAUUCCAGGGUACGGAUUCGGGGAUGUGAUCCUGUUCGGAAACGGGAAGAGAAUGAAAAUCGACGAGCACAAGGAGCUGCAUGAUGUAUUUCUUGAUCACCGUGUGUCCGUAUUGGCUACAUGUUUUGCCCCGAUAACUGGAUGGAAUGGCAGCCUGAAUGAGAUGAUCAACCUACUUGAGGACCCCACUGGCCAGUACCAAAAGUACUUGGCGGAGCAGAAUGGCGAAAGUGAUGAUGAAGAGGAUGCAUCCAAGCCAUCAAGCGGGUUGUUGAGUUGGUUUUGGAGGAAGUUAAUCAUUCAAGAUGUGAAGGAAAUGAAGGAAAAGGGAAAACUAGAAAAAAAGAAGAAGAUGGUUACACGACCCAAGAAAGAAGAGUCAACAGAACACUGGACAUUCGAGGAAUUUGUUACCAAUACAUUUAUAGCCGUUCGAGAUCGUUUAAUCGUUUGUGAAGCUGGGCUGUGUACUCAUCUCCCUACUUCGUAUCUCUCUUUGGAAAUUCUAAAGAAGAUGAUUGAAGCCCUCGACAUGCUCAGAUUGUAUGAAACUCGCCUGCAUAUAAAACCGGGUACUGGAAACGAGCGUUGGUUUGAGCAACCCUCGGUCAGAUCAGGAAAUGCUACUUUGUUUAAGAUAAGGCUACAGAUCCUAAGCCUAGAGUGCCUGAAUGGACUGAGAUUCCUUAGAGAAAAAUUCCAGGUCCCUCUACUUCAAGACUAUUUUGCAAUCAAGCAGUUUUGCCUGCAAAAUGCGUGCUUAAUAUUUUGCACCGUCUCAAGCUCAGCCAAGCUGCAUACCGAGGGAAUGAAGCCCAUAGAACUGGUGAUAAUAGAUGAGGCUGCGCAGCUCAAAGAGUGUGAAUCAUGUAUUCCUUUGCAGCUUAACGGAAUCCGACAUGCCAUACUCGUUGGUGACGAGAAACAACUUCCUGCAAUGGUCAUCAGCAAGAUCUGUGAGAAAGCUGGCUUUGGGAGGAGUUUAUUCGAGAGGCUUGUGAUGUUAGGACAUGGCAAGCACCUGCUCAACAUACAGUACCGAAUGCAUCCCUCCAUAAGUUUGUUCCCUAAUAAAGAGUUCUAUGCGAACAAAAUUAGCGACGGCCCAAACGUCACUGGAAAAGUCUACGAAAUGCGCUUUCUAAAGGAAAAAAUGUUUGGUUCAUAUUCUUUCAUUAACGUGACGCACGGGAAAGAGGAGUUUGACAGUCGGCAUAGUCGGAAAAACGUAGCGGAGGUGUCUGUGGUGGCCCAGAUAGUAUCCAGACUCAAAUGUAUCAGCUCGAAGCAAAAGGUCAGGGUCGGUUGUCUGUCUCCAUACAAAGGCCAGGUGUUUGCAAUUCAGGAAGCACUUGGAAAGACAUACAGCUCGGAUCCAAAGCACGUUUUUUCGGUUACCGUGCGCACGGUUGACGGCUUUCAAGGUGGGGAAGAGGAUGUGAUCAUAAUCUCGACCGUCAGGUGCAAUGGAAAUGGAUCUGUUGGCUUUCUCGAUAAUCAUAACAGGACGAAUGUGGCCUUGACUCGAGCAAGGUAUUGCCUGUGGAUAAUAGGCAAUAGCUCCACUCUUUUGAAUAGCGGAUCGGUUUGGCAGAAGUUGGUUAUAAAUGCAAAAAACCGUGGCUGUUUUUAUAAUGCUUACGAGGACGUGGAUUUGUCUAUGGCUGUUGGUAAUGCCUUAAUUGAGCUACGCCAGCUGGAUUCGCUGUUUAGUAUGGAUUCUGUACUGUUCAAAGUGGCUAAGUGGAAGGUUUGCUUCACUCGCGAAUUCCAUCAGUCGAUUACUAGAUAUCGUGACUUGGGAAUCCUCAAAGAGCUGGUUGCUCUACUGGUGAAGCUUUCAAACGGGUGGCGCCAGAAGAAGAAAGUCGAGACAGGAGAGGACACUUGUCAGCUUCUGGAACUGUGUGAUGUCAGGGGCCCGCUAAAACUGAUUUGGACGGUCGACAUUCUCAGAGAAGAUUCAACCGACACACAAGUCAUCAAGAUUCUCGAUAUCCUGCCACAUUCCGAGAUAGCAGAAAUGGCGCAAAAAUUAAAUGCUAUGUCGGAAAAUUACACCGUGAGUCAAAUGAACCGUUGUCUGUGCAAGCAAACUGAUGGGGAUUUGAUGGUCCCGAUGACGUGGCCAGUUGAUGUGAAGGCAGGAAGUGGUUAUUCAAGUAGUGAGCUGGCCACCCAACUAGCAGCUAUUGGUUUGAGAGAUGAGCCAGCUGGAUCAUUCACUACAAGAAGGAAUAGUAACAGCACUUGGAACUUUAGGAAAAAUGGCAGGGAAGAUAGCAGCCGGAAGUGGAACCAUCACGGCUAG